UUUUUCCUUCCUUCGCCAAAUAUUACGAGACUGGUAUUUGAAAACUGUGGAUUUACCUUGACAUGGGAGCGAUACACACAAAAAGAUAUUCUCACUGCUGGAUAUCAAGUAAAACUUGUUUCUGUCAAGAGUGGUUCAGAUAAAGUCACUAACGUUUCCAGUGACACUCAAAGUUACACGUUUUCAUCUGAUCUAAUUCCCAAUUCUGCUUAUGCAGUAAGUGUCAGGGCAAUAACAAAUGUUGGAUACAGUAACUGGACUGAAAAUCAACUGAAAGCGUCUGCAGGUAAUUCUUUCUGUAUUAUAUUUGUUCGUUCGUUCAUACGUGCAUUCAGUCAUUCAUUAAUAAUACGUAAAAAUACAUUUAUCGCAGAACCUCGCGAGGUUUGGGGGAGGGAGGCGUGUGUUCGUCAUUAAUUAACAGUUAAUGAAUGAGGCUGAGUAUCUUGUGAAGAAUUAUGGAGAUCGAGGAAGGUGUUAUCCGUCGAGGCCGUAGGCCGAGGCGGAUAACACCCUCCGAGAUCUCCAUAAUUCUUCAUAUGAUACGAAAGCCGAAUUCAAUAACUGUUUUAUUAUUCAUUCAAAAUAAUUCCUAGUUUAAAAACAUAGCUAAAACAUGCUUACCUCCAUCGAUCCAUCGAUGUUCAGUUCAUCUUCGAUAGUGUACGUUCAGGUUUAUCCAGCUCCGCAAAUAUUCUCCAAAUAGCAGAUGUCGCCCUUCGAGUUGUCUUCUUGCUGUUCUUGCCAUGUUUUUAGCUAUUUUUUCGCCUAGUUCUUACUCUUGAAAAGAGUGAAAUGUCCGCCAUUUUUUCAAGUUCACAACCAAAACAACUCAACCUCGUCCCCAUGUCUUCUCGGUUAACGGUGCCUUAACCUGCGAAAACGCUGCAUUUUUGACGUCAUUUCCUCGUUAAAGUCAAAAUUCUUUCAAACUUGGUCAUCAGUAACUGGUUAUGGUAAAUUAAACGUGUGCUUUUAGCCAAUCAGAAUCGGGGAAAUAUUUUGAAUGAAUAAUAAUAAUAAUUUAUUCAUUCGUUGAAAAUGUAACCUGCAUUGAGUAGCAGUGGCCUGAAAAUUGGCGUUGUUGCUGAUUUACACAUGCGCAUUCCUUUUCUGAAAGUUAUAUCGCUCUUGCUUCCUUCAGUGUCUAGUAUUUAUUUUAAUUGAUCAACAAAAGGAGAAAGCUCAGUAAUCAGGUCUGUUAAAAUGAGUAGAAAAUCAAUAAUUCUAAAUCAAUAAUUUUCAAACCAAUAUGCUUACAGAUAUCCCUGACAAGCCAGUUAUUAAACAAAUUACGUUAAAGGGAUGCGUGGCUUCUCUGCAGUGGACUGGGCCGACGCCCAGGGAAUGCUCAGUCCUCUUCUACAAGAUUCGCUACAAGGAAGAGAAAGCAACUAAAAGCGAGUGGAAUGAGAUAAACGUCACAGACCUAGACGCCAAUAAGCUCGAGCUGACUUUGAAGUGUGUUACAACAUAUGAGAUUGAAGUUUUAGCGUGGAAUGCCCUGGGAUGGAGUCUUCCCUCUACUGUGCGAUCAGUAACAACGGAAGAGGGCCGGAGUGUUUUUAAAUCCCAUAAAAGUUUGUAA